AUGGAGUAUUGGUACAGUCAAGUAUGGUUUGACGCUGCACUGAAGAGGCGGUUGGCGUUCUACGGGUCCAACCCAACAGAGAAACGGGUACAGACCAUGAGGAGAGAACUGGCCGAGGAUCUUCAGAAGGAAGCAGAAUGGCGGGUAGAGAUGGCGAAGUAUUCUGUCCCUGCGCCCCAGCAACAGCCUGUCCUUCUGGGAGAGGAGACAACCGGUCUCUCUCCCCAGCAGCAGUGUUCCCUACAGGGAGAGGAGACAAUCGGUCUCACUCCCCAGCGACAGCGUGAGUUCCAGGGAGAGGAGACAACCGGUCUCUCUCCCCAGCAACAGUGUGUUCUGCAGGGAGAGGAGGCUGCCAGCCUCUCUCCCCAGCCGCAGUGUUCCCUCCAGGGAGAGGAGACAACCGGUCUCUCUCCCCAGCAGCAGUGUAAGCUGCCGGGGAAGAAGGCAGCCGGCCUCUCUUUCCAGCGGCAGUGUUCCCUACAGGGACUGGAGACAAUCGGUCUCACUCCCCAGCGGCAGGGUGAGUUUCAGGGAGAGGAGACAACCGGUCUCUCUCCCCAGCAGCAGUGUAUCCUGCAGGGAGAGGAGGCAGCCGGCCUCUCUCCCCAUCGGCAGUGUCCUCUACAGGGAUCGGAGACAAUCGGUCUCCCUCCCAAGCGGCAGAGUAUUGUGUUGGGAGUGGAGACAAGCGAUCUCCUUCCCCAGCAGCAGUAUGCAUCCCAGGAGGGCCGAAGGUGUCGUCCUUUCCUCCAGCAGCAGUGUGUCCUACAGGGAGCAGAGACAGUCGCUCUCUCUGUCUCUGUUUGUAAACUCCCCUGAGCUCUAAUCGCUUAGCUCUUUGAAGAGCUGUUCCUGAUACGCUCUCCUGAAGGAGAGGUCUUUCCCACACUGUCCUGGACGACAAAGGUUGAUCCAGGGUGGAAGGAAGAAGGUGUCGUCCUUUCCCCCAAUCGGUCUCCCUCCCCAGCGGAGACAGUCGCUCUCUCUCCCCAGCAGCAGGACAAUAUUAUGGGAGUGGAGACAGUCGGUCUCCCUCUCCAGCGGCAGCAUGUGCUUCAGGGAGAGGAGCAUGUCGCCCUCUCUCCCCAGCGGCAGCUUACCUUACAAAGGGGAGACCUUAUUUUCCCAGAUGGUGCAGAUGGGACCGUGGUCUCUGUACCCGAACUACAGGGAUGCUGGACAGCCUGUCCAGAUCCCCCAACUACCCUCGCAGGGAUACCAGUAGGAGGAGUUAAGUGAUAUCAGAGGAAUACCCAGAUGCAGUAACUGUUUGUUGUGGGUAGGCUGCUCUUGUACCUGUUUCUUGUGGGUGGGCUACUCUGGUACUUGCUUAUUGUGGGUGAUUGGAUCGACUAACUUAGGCACUAACCGAGAGAAGGUCAGGUGCCUGGCCAGCCUCCUGCCCUGUGACUAUGGCCCCUCGGAGAUUGUGCACUUUAAAAACAUUAUUUGGGCAUAUUGGAUUUUAUUGGACUACGUGUACCCCUUUAAACACUCUGGGAAGGGUUCUGCACUUUUGUUAUGGUACUUCAGAUGCAGCCGAAGUAGUCGAAGUGGCCACCAUUCGAAAAACAAACACGUGGCGGUGGCCAUUUUAAAUCAGCCGAACACGGUCAGCGUUGUUUUGCUGUCAAGCUCAUGGAAUUAAAAUCAUCUACUCGCCGGCACGAACACCGCUGAAGUUUUACCUUCCCUGGAACUAUUCCAUUUCGAAUGUAGUCGAACGGUGUUCGACCAUUCGAACGCCACAGUAAUAUUACCUAUUUGCACGAACGGCCACCGUUCGUGCCUUCGAACGGCAUUUGAAUGGUAAUGAAUAGACCAGCCGCACAGCUCAAAUCUCUGGAACUGUUUUGGGCAUGAAAAUGUGCGUGUGGUCGGUCAAAAGAGACUACCAGCUAACUCCCGAACGGAUAUGUUUGUUCCCUAGUUAUGCUGUUUCUAAAAAUGUAAGUUUUAUAUGAAUACGAUGUGUAAUUUUAAAGUUAUAAGAAAUGUGUAAAAACUAUAUUUUCCUGUGUUUAGUAAUUAUAUCACAGACAGAGGGGAGGAUUUUGCUGUAAUGAAUGGGAGUGUUUAACUGUAUGUCUGUAUAUGAUUGGCUGUUCCAAAAGGUCCACGUGGGUGGUAACCUUGUGGAGAAAUGUGUAUAAAAGAAGCAAUAAAGCCUCAGUGCAUUCUGUUCCUGAGUUUUAAUCACUUAGCUCUUUUAAGAGCUGUUCCUGAUAAGCUCUCCUGGAGGAGAGGUCUUUCCCACACGCUAGUGGAGGACAGAGGCUGAUCCAGGGUGGAAGGAAGACGGCGAGACUCCAGUUAAGCUAUGGCGGUUGUGGAGUCUGCCAUGGUUGUGGUGUCCGGUGCGGUGCUUGUCGUCCUCGGCACAAGCUAGGAAGCGCCCAUUAACGGAAGGUACUUGGUCGGAGUACAGGCUCAAAACCUCUUAGUGAAUCCCAUCUGUGGUUUUAUAUUAAUUUAUGCUUCAGUAUUGCUGUUUGAGUUAAAAUGUGCAGUUUGUCAUUCAUUGAUUAGAGGUUGUAUUAGGCUCUAUUGUGUAUUUUAGGGUAUUAUUUACUAAACAGUGAGAUAUGGGGGACAUUAACCAGCUUUAAAAAUUGAGGCCUGAGUGUCAAAACUGCACAAAAGUCCGAAAUAUAGACUUGUCCUACUCAAUGCAGCUUUUUAAACCUGUUGCUCCAUAACUUGCUGCCGGCAUGUUUAAUAACAACUGUUGUGUUUUAUUACACAGGAAUUUGGUUUUGGCAAACUGAUGACCGCACGUGGGUUGAAGCUCUUGGAAAUAUCUUAAAAUUUAAAUUGUUUUCGGCUGUUAAUGAAAUGAGUUUUCAUAACCUAAAUGAUGGUGAACCCCUUCCUGGCUUCUGCCAGAACCUUGUCUACCCUGAAUACCCAGAACUGAGACCUGCUAAUAUUACCUUGACAUCCACUGAUAAUCCCCUACAGGACGAUUUAGCAGGGUUAUCCCUGUCUUGUAAUGUCCUUGAAGAUUCAUCUGAUUCUGAAACGCUUCCAUCUUUAUUUGGUGAGUGGGUUACAGUGAAAUUGUAUUGCACUGCAGAAGGGACCUAUGGGACGGGGAAUCUGUCUCUCCCACUGCAGGGUGACAUAAACAGAAGGGACCUAUGGGACGGGGAAUCUGUCCCUCCCACUGCAGGGUGACACAGACAGAAGGAGCUAUGGGACACGGAGUCUGUCCCUCCCACUGCAGGGUGACACAGACAGAAGGAGCUAUGGGACACAGAGUCUGUCCCUCCCACUGCAUGGUGACACAGACAGAAGGAGCUAUGGGAUACGGAGUCUGUCCCUCCCACUGCAGGGUGACACAGAUAGAAGGAGCUAUGGGACACAGAGUCUGUCCCUCUCACUGCAGGGUGACACAGACAGAAGGAGCUAUGGGACACGGAGUCUAUCCCUCCCACUGCAGGGUGACACAGAUAGAAGGAGCUAUGGGACACAGAGUGUGUCCCUCCCACUACAGGGUGACACAUACAGAAGGAACUAUGGGACACGGAAAUCUGUCCCUCCCACUGCAGGGUGACACAGACAGAAGGAGCUAUGGGACACGGAGUCUGUCCCUCCCACUGCAGGGUGACACAGACAGAAGGAGCUAUGGGACACGGAGUCUGUCCUUCCCAUUGCAGGGUGACACAGACAGAAGGAGAUAUGGGACACAGAGUCUGUCCCUCCCACUGCAGGGGGACACAGACAGAAGGAGCUAUGGGAUACAAAUUCUUUCCCUCCCACUGCAGGGUGACACAGACAGAAGGAGCUAUAGGACACAGAGUCUGUCCCUCCCACUGCAGGGUGACACAGACAGAAGGAGAUAUGGGACACAGAGUCUGUCCCUCCCACUGCAGGGUGACACAGACAGAAGGAGAUAUGGGACACAGAGUCUGUCCCUCCCACUGCAUGGUGACACAUACAAAAGGAAGCUAUGGGACACGGAGUCUGUCCCUCCCACUGCAGGGUGACACAGACAGAAGGAAGCUAUGGGACACGGAGUCUUUCCCUCCCACUGCAGGGUGACACAGACAGAAGGGAGGUAUGGGACACAGAGUCUGUCCCAUGCUACGGUGCAUUCAGUGAGCUAGAAUUGACAUUUAUAACACUGUGUUGGUAAGAUUCUCUGGUUUAAUCUAUUGUUGUUUUUUAGAAUUAGGUAUUUUUUCUCCAAGAGAGGACAAGCCAGUGACCAAGUCCAGAGAUGAUGCUUAUCAUAAGAGAAAGAGUCCUCAGAUCCCAGGAACAGAGUGUGGCAUUUGUGGAAAGUGUUUUCAUAGCACAGCUUCCCUUAACAAACAUUAUGUCACUCACAGCCAGAAAAGGAGCCACGUGUGCAGGGUCUGCAGAAAGGCCUUCAAACGGCAAGACCACCUGUACGUAUCACAGUUGUGUUGGAAGGCAGGGUGUGGAGGUAUACUCUCCAUAGGCUAAACACCACAGUGCACUCACACACUGUAACUAGCUUAGUGAGAGGGAUUCAGCAAGUUGGUUUCCCCUUUGUACUUGGGGUUAUCUCCCACCAAGGUGCUAUAGACGGCUCCCCACAUCCCAGCCCAGGUGAAGCAAAUCUCCAAUAACCUUUUACAUUUGAAAAAAGUCUGUUUUUUUGUUUUGUGAACCCAGGUUCGUUGAAAACAAUAAGAGUCUUUGCUACUGUAUGAAUCUAGCCAUAUUCACCCUAUAUAUUAGCUGGGGCAUGUGGCAGCAGGCAGAGAUUGUGAGGGUGGCAUGGAUUGGAUAGUCAUUUACAGUCCUGGUCAGAAACGGCGAGUUUCUGUUAUUAUUGUAGUAAGGUCUUUGAUGAUGUUAACUCCUGUCUCUGUCUCCAGGAUGGGACACAUGCUAACUCACCUGCCGAAUAAGCCAUUUAAGUGUCCAGAGCAUGGGUGUAAGAAGGGCUACUGCGACGUGCGGUCCUUGAAGAGACAUAGUGAAAUUUGUGUGUUCAAGAAGGCCAAAAGCAAAGUUGGUUCCACAGGACCCAAGAAGCAAGGCGUCAGUGUGUCCACUACUUUGUCCUCACAGCGUAAGAUGGAGUCUCCUGGCCUCCUUAAACUCCCCAUUCCUGCUAAAGACCAUUUCAGAUUUAUGGUGACAAACACAACACAGAAGAAAAGACAAUACAGCACAGGGUUAUUGGAUGGCCAGGCACCCAGCCAUGUGCCCAAUAUCAGCACUUUAAAUGAGAAUGUUGCCCAACAUAGGACAUUGUCCAUGCCAGAAAAUGUCCCAUCAACCAGCAUAUUCACUUUAACUGGCACAGACAAGGAUACCACACCAACAAAUAUUGUUUUACCCUCCACGGCAGACCCCAUGUGGCUUGACAAUAGGCCAAACGAAACAUUAGCCAGCUGCCUUAAUACCCAGCAUUACAAAACUCAGUCAACAGAGUCCUUACUGGUGAGGAGUACAGAAACUGGCCACAUGGGGGAACCAAGGGAAGACGCUUCAGCUAGGCAGUCACUAGCGAUCCGUUUGAAUGCUAUUGCCCCAAUAUAUUUCUGUCCCCCUUCAAAACCUUUUGGAAACACCUCAGGAUGGGAGUAUUCUGAUGCUGCAUCAUACUGUCUGUCACAGAGCGAUAACAAGACAUUUCAGGCUAAUGAGUUUUUAACUGAAUUCAGUAUUCACCCUUAUGGGAGCCUAAAUGUCCAAGAUCAGAGACAAUACCCUCAACGCGUGUUACAGUUGGUUACUGGUACUCUGCAGCAGCAUGUGAGCCAAAAUAUACCCAACAUGUCUGUUCUUCAACAUUUUCAGAGACUGCUAGAACCUGGGCCAGUAUCUUCCCAGAAUCCUGGAAUUCAUUUGUUGGGGAAAACCCAGACAGACUCCAUGCCCAUAAAGGAUUUAGAAAGUGCCUCUCCCCGAGAUCCAAGACAGGGAAAUAGCCCCAACUUCUUCUCUUUCCCCAAAGGCAUUGCUGGUGAUCAUGGCCCUGGGGGCUAUGCAAAUCACACCAAGAGAAGUACUGGGAGGUCUCUGGGGUCAACAGACAGUAAACGUCACCAGCAGCUAGAACCUGGGUGGCAAGCCCAAGUGUCCUCAAACAAGGUUAGGGUAGACUUUGAUGUAGUCAGUGCAGCUUCGCCAAGUCAAGUAGCACUGGCAUCAUUCCCUGUUUCACGCCGAUUCCCUUCACUGUCUAAAAGGGGGAGUAAAGUUACCAGUGCCAGCAGCAUACAGGUAUGUGCGGUCAGAUGUUUUUAUAAUAUACACUGAAAAAAACAUAAGUACUGUGUUCAUGUAGCAUGUUCAUUUAUACCAUAUAUUGAAUUAAAUUGCCGGUGUAUGCUAAACUACAUAUCCCAUUAACUCCUCCUUGCAAGUGUUUGCAAAAUGUAAAAGUCUUUCAAGAAAGAAUAAAAGGGGUAAUUAACUCUCCAGAAAGCUUGCAAUACCGGUACAUUAGGGGUUUCCUCUGUCCUUAGUGUCUUCUGGAUAGAGGAGAAACCCAAUACAGUGCUCUCUGUAAUACAGAUUAUUCCCAGUUCCUCUAUUCAUACACAGCUCCUUCCAUAAUUCAACAGCAAAAUGUGUAUUUACCAUGUGAAAUAAUAAAUGGUAAUUUAUAUAAUGACAUGGAACUCUUUAUUUCGUUCUAUUCAUUUCCACUUUCCUCAGUGAGUGUAUAUUUUACUGCUACAUAGUAUUUAUGGCCGUAGCCAGUGUGUAUUGUAUUAUUUCCCAGGGGCCGUAGCCAGUGUGUAUUGUAUUAUUUCCAGUAAUAGUCAGUGUGUAUUGUAUUAUUUCCCAGGGGCCGUAGCCAGUGUAUAUUGUAUUAUUUCCCAGGGGCCGUAGCCAGUGUGUAUUGUAUUAUUUCCAGUGGCCGUAGCCAGUGUAUAUUGUAUUAUUUCCAGGGGCCGUAGCCAGUGUGUAUUGUAUUAUUUCCCAGGGGCCGUAGCCAGUGUGUAUUGUAUUAUUUCCCAGGGGCCGUAGCCAGUGUAUAUUGUAUUAUUUCCCAGGGGCCGUAGCCAGUGUAUAUUGUAUUAUUUCCAGGGGCCGUAGCCAGUGUGUAUUGUAUUAUUUCCCAGGGGCUGUAGCCAGUGUGUAUUGUAUUAUUUCCCAGGGGCCGUAGCCAGUGUGUAUUGUAUUAUUUCCAGGGGCCGUAGCCAGUGUGUAUUGUAUUAUUUCCCCCAGGCCGUAGCCAGUGUGUAUUGUAUUAUUUUCGUAGCCAUUGGUGGCCGUAGCCAGUGUGUAUUGUAUUAUUUCCAGUGCCGUAGCCCAGUGUGUAUUGUAUUAUUUCCCAGGGGCCGUAGCCAGUGUGUAUUGUAUUAUUUCCCAGGGGCCGUAGCCAGUGUGUAUUGUAUUAUUUCCCAGGGGCCGUACCCAGUGUGUAUUGUAUUAUUUUCAGUGGCCGUUGCCAGUGUGUAUUGUAUUAUUUCCAGUGGCCGUAGCCAGUGUGUAUUGUAUUAUUUCCCAGUGGCCGUAGCCAGUGUGUAUUGUAUUAUUUCCAGUGGCCGUAGCCAGUGUGUAUUGUAUUAUUUCCAGUGGCCGUAGCCAGUGUGUAUUGUAUUAUUUCCAGUAAUAGUCAGUGUGUAUUGUAUUAUUUCCCAGGGGCCGUAGCCAGUGUAUAUUGUAUUAUUUCCCAGGGGCCGUAGCCAGUGUGUAUUGUAUUAUUUCCCAGGGGCCGUAGCCAGUGUGUAUUGUAUUAUUUCCCAGGGGCCGUAGCCAGUGUGUAUUGUAUUAUUUCCAGUGGCCGUUGCCAGUGUGUAUUGUAUUAUUUCCCAGUGGCCGUAGCCAGUGUGUAUUGUAUUAUUUCCAGUGGCCGUAGCCAGUGUGUAUUGUAUUAUUUCCAGUGGCCGUAGCCAGUGUGUAUUGUAUUAUUUCCAGUAAUAGUCAGUGUGUAUUGUAUUAUUUCCAGGGGCCGUAGCCAGUGUUUAUUGUAUUAUUUCCAGUGAUAGCCAGUGUGUAUUUGAUUAUUUUCACUGGUAGCCAGUGUGUAUUGUAUUAUUUCCAGUGUCCAUAUCCAGUGUAUAUUUGAUUGUUUUCACUGGUAGCCAGUGUAUAUUGUAUUAUUUCCAGUUGUCAUCGCCAGUAUAUAUUUUAUGAUUUGUUUAUUUCCCAUUGGCCGAUUCCAGUGUACAUUUUAUUAUUUCCCAGAAACCAUAGCCAGUGUAUAUAUUGUAAGUUUAUUUCCAGCGGCCGUAACCAGUGUAUAUUUUAUUAUAUCACCUCAUUAAGUGGCUUGUGCUACUGACCGUUCCUCUCCAGUUCCUCUCUGCGUAUAUGGUGUGUGCUACUGACAGUACCGGUUCCCCUCUGUGUAUAUGGUGUGUGUUACUGACAGUACCGGUUCCUCUUCGUAUAUAUGGUGUGCUACUGACAGUACUGGUUACUCUCUAUGUACAUGGUGUGUGUUACUGACAGUACCUGUUCUCCUCUCUUGGUAUGUGGUGUGUGUUACUGACAGUACCGGUUCCUCUCUGUGUAUGUGGUGUGUGUUACUGACAAUACCGGAUCCUCUCUGUGCAUGUGGCGUAUGUUACUGACAGUUCCUUUCUGUCAGGAUUACUAGUAGAUCCAGCACGCAGAACUAUAUCACACCUAGAGUCUUACCAGGCCUUAGAAUUGCUGGACUUAACGUACCGGAGAAUAUUCAGAAUACUUGCCAAGGCCAGGGACACAGAAGGAGACACAACGAUGAGGGAAAGCCAAAAGUCAAGGAUACCAGAAUUCAGGGAAGUCAAAACAAAGCCAAAGUCAAAAAACAGAAAUAAACGCUUAGGAACACACUCUCGGAUAACCAACUAAGGCAAACCAUGACAGUGCACUGACAGAAAGGUAAUUUGGGUUUAAAUACCCCCUAGUUUGGCUGUAAUUGGCUACCUCUGACCCCAAAACGUGCGUGCGCCUCUAUGAUGUGAUAUCACACGCAUGUUGGCACCAUCUUUGGUGUGGGCGAAGGUAAGUUUAUUAUAAAAAUUUGAACCGCAGUGGUCGGCGCUCCUAAGAGUGUCGCAACAGCUGGGGACCGGACCGGAGGGAGGUCGGCCAGUGAUCGGCCGCGAACAAGGUAAGUAAAAUUUGUCUCUGUCGGCGUGGUUAUAGAAACAUAGAAUGUGACGGCAGAUAAGAACCAUUCGGCCCAUCUAGUCUGCCCAAUUUUCUAAAUAGUUUCAUUACUCCCUAGUCUUAUCUUAUAGUUAGGAUAGCCUUAUGCCUAUCCCAGGCAUGCUUAAACUCCUUUACUGUGUUAACCUCUACCACUUCAGCUGGAAGGCUAUUCCGUGCAUCCACUACCCUCUCAGUGGUUGCUUACUUUAUGUGCAACCACACCAGCAGAAGCCGUGACAGUACCCCCCACUUGAAGACCACCCACCGGGGGAAACCUGGCAUGGAAAGAUCAGAGUUUGCGGCCCGGAUGUAUGUCUGAAGCAGAAAGCCAAGAACGAUCGGCAGGCCCAUAACCAUUCCAAUCGACCAAAUACUGCAGAGACCCUCGAGAAAACCUGGUGUUGAAUACAGACGAGACUUCGUACUCCUGUCCAGAAAAAAACAAAGGAGGAGGGGGAACAAUUGGGACAGUAUACCUAUUGCAAAUAAGCGGUUUGAGUAAGGAGACAUGAAACACGCAAAGAGGCUGGAAGAGCCAGUGAAUAAGAAACAGGGUUAAUUUUUCAAACAACACGAAAUGGACCAAGAAAUCUGGGGGCAAAAUUCGUGCUUUUAGUUUGAUGUUGCGCAAAGAUAACCACACCCUCUCACCCAGCUGGUAAACAGGGCUGGCACCCGCCGUUUAUCAGCAUGGAAUUACAAAUGAGCAGCUGCAGUCUCAAGAGCGGAGUGAACUUUAAUCCAAGUCUCACGAAUAGAAGCAAAGUGAUCAUCCAGAGCAGGGAUAGCAGUGUCAGAGAACACGGCUGGAUGACGACCGUUAUUGACAAAAAAUGGACUAUGCCCGGAUGAGUCAUGGGUUAUUCCUGGCAAACUUGGCCCAGGGUAGCAAUUCAGACCAAUUAUCCUGAGUGCUAUUCACAAAACAACGUAAAUACAGUUCCAAGGAUUGGUUAGCCCUUUCAGCUGUACCAUUAGUUUGGGGAUGGUAAGAGGAAGAAAAUGACAAUUCAAUACCCAGCUGUUUGCUAAAAGCUCUCCAAAAUCGAGACACAAACUGAGAACCCCUGUCAGACAAUAUUUUGAGGGAUACCAUGAAGUCUGACAAUGUCGCGUAUAAAUAUCAAAACCAGAUCUUGUGAAGAUGGCAAUUUUUUGAGUGGAAUAAAAUGAGCCAUCUUGGAAAAACGAUCAACCACCAUAAGGAUAGUGGUAUGAUCAUAAGAACUUGGAAGUUCCACAAUGAAAUCCAUGGACAAGUCGGACCAUGGAACACUAGGUACAGGAAGUGGAUGUAACAAUCCACACAGAAGUUUAUGAGGAACCUUAGAAACUGCACGCAGAGAACAGGCCUCCACAUAGUCUUUGAUAUCUCUCCUGAGUGAAUCCCACCAAAAAGAUCUAGAGACAGCGGAUAUGUUUUUUUUAAUGCCCGGAUGCCCAGCAGUCACAUUGUCAUGAAAUACUCUCAUUACUUUUCUUUCAGUCAAUGGAAUAAACAAUUUAUCCAGAGGUUUAUUGCAAGGUGCCCGGGAUUGAGCCGCCAUGAUAGCACAAAGCAGAGGGGGUGACAAGGAAAGAACAGUGGAAGCAAUGAUACACUCAGGAGGAACAAUAGGGAAUAUCUCUUGUUCUUGUUCAGUUUCAGUGUCAAACUCUCUUGAUAAGGCGUCAACUUUAACGUUUUUGGGGCCAGGUCUGUAAGUGAUAAUAAAGUUAAAGCGAGAUAAGAACAUAGACCAUCUUGCCUGUCUAGAAGACCAUUUAGCAUCUCCAAUAUAUGCCAAAUUUUGGUUAUCAGUUAUAAUCAAAAGGGGAUCCUUGCGACUCUCUAAAAGAUGUCGCCAUUCUUUAAGCGCUAGUAUAAUGGCCAACAAUUCUGUCAUAAUUGCGCUCUGCCGCAGAAUUAUAUCACACCUAGGACUAAAAGUAAAAGUAACCAGGCCUUAGAAUGGCCGGACUUAACGUACCGGAGAACAGUCAGAAUACUUGCCAAGGUCAGGGACACAGAAGGAGACACAACAAUGAGGGAAAGCCAAAAGUCAGGGAUACCAGAAUUCAGGGAAGUCAAAACAAAGCCAAACUAGAAAUAAACGCUCAGGAACACACUCUCGAAUCACCAACUUUGGUGUGGGCGAAGGUAAGUUUAUUAUAAAAAAUUGAACUGCAGCAGUCGGUGCUCCUAAGAGCGUCGCACACGCUGGGGACUGGACCCGAGGGAGGUCGGGCUAGUGAUCUGCCGCGAACAAGGUAAGUAAAAUUUGUCUCUGUCAGCGUGGUUGCUUACUUUAUGUGCAACCACACCGGCAGAAUCCCCAGAAGCUAUGACACUUUCGGUGUAUAUGGUAUGUGUUACUGACAGCACCGGUUCCUGUCUGUGUACAUGGUGUGUUACUGACAAUACCGGUUCCUCAACAUGGUGUGUUACUGAUAGUACCGGUGCCUGUCUGUGUACAUGGUGUGUUACUGACAAUACUGGUUCCUCUCUGUGUACAUGGUGUGUUACUGACAAUACCGGUUCCUCAACAUGGUGUGUUACUGAUAGUACCGGUGCCUGUCUGUGUACAUGGUGUGUUACUGACAAUACUGGUUCCUCUCUGUGUACAUGGUGUGUUACUGACAAUACCGGUUCCUCUCUGUGUACAUGGUGUGUGUUACUGACAAUACCGGUUCCUCAACAUGGUGUGUUACUGAUAGUACCGGUGCCUGUCUGUGUACAUGGUGUGUGUUACUGGCAAUACCGGUUCCUCUCUGUGUACAUGGUGUGUGUUACUGACAUUACCAGUUCCUCUCUGUGUACAUGGUGUGUUACUGACAAUACCGGUUCCUCUACAUGGUGUGUUACUGAUAGUACCGGUUCCUGUUUGUAUACAUGGUGUGUGUUACUGACAAUACUGGUUCCUCUCUGUGUACAUGGUGUGUGUUACUGACAGUACCGGUUCCUCUCUGUGUACAUGGUGUGUUACUGACAAUACCGGUUCCUCUACAUGGUGUGUUACUGAUAGUACCGGUUCCUGUUUGUAUACAUGGUGUGUGUUACUGACAAUACUGGUUCCUCUCUGUGUACAUGGUGUGUGUUACUGACAGUACCGGUUCCUCUCUGUGUACAUGGUGUGUUACUGACAAUACCGGUUCCUCUACAUGGUGUGUUACUUAUAUUACCGGUUCCUGUUUGUAUACAUGGUGUGUGUUACUGACAAUACUGGUUCCUCUCUGUGUACAUAGUGUGUAUUACUGACAUUACCAGUUCCUCUCUAUGUACAUGGUGUGUGUUACUGACAAUACUGGUUCCUCUCUGUGUACAUGGUGUUUUACUGACAGUACCGGUUCCUUUCUGUGUACAUGGUGUGUGUUACUGACAAUACUGGUUCCUCUCUGUGUACAUGGUGUGUGUCACUGACAGUACCGGUUCCUCUCUGUGUACAUGGUGUGUUACUGACAAUACCGGUUCCUCUAGAUGGUGUGUUACUGAUAGUAACGGUUCCUGUUUGUAUACAUAGUGUGUGUUACUGACAAUACCGGUUCCUCUACAUGGUGUGUUACUGAUAGUACCGGUUCCUGUUUGUAUACAUGGUAUGUGUUACUGACAAUACUGGUUCCUCUCUGUGUACAUGGUGUGUGUUACUGACAGUACCGGUUCCUCUCUGUGUACAUGGUGUGUGUUACUGACAAUACCGGUUCCUCUCUGUAUACAUGGUGUGUGUUACUGUAUACAUGAAGUCAUUAAGGUAUGGAAGUGAUAUUUCAUCUGAUUAUUUACAGAAUAUCAAACUAAGUGAAGCAGAGAUCUCCCUUAACAUGCCCAAAUUACCAGCAGAUACAGCGGCUCAGUGCGUAUCAGAGACAAGUUUUAAGGAUGGUGCUGGGGUGCUCGUGAUUCCGGUAUCAGUUCCUGUUAUACCGGGAAAUGAACAGAAUAAAAUCCAGGUAAACAGAACGGAUCAAUGUUUAUAAAAUUUGUCAUCAAUAUAAACCUUUAUUGCUGUUGUUUUGGUUCUAACAUCUGAAAAAUAUGUGCUUUGAUUGCUGCUCUUGUGAUGAAAGUAAGUAGCUUUGUGCUUCUUUUCCAAACCCCAUCGAAAACCAUUGAUUGGGGUAGAGAUUAUAUCUGGCUUUAGUUCUCUCUUCAUACCAAAAAGUCUGUAUUGUUUCUUAGGAUAGAGCACUGUGUCUAACGUACACAGUGCCUGUCACAGGGAUGAAUGUUAGAUCUGGUUAUUAUUUUGCAUAUUCUGAACUUGUGUGAUUACUGAGAAUUAGACUUGUGCACAAAGUGUUUCAGCCGGUUGGAACAAAUCAAAUGCCUUUUACUCAAUUUCUGAACAAACUGCCCCAUCGAAUCGGUUCAUUUGAGCAUCGAUAAAAAUGGAAUUUGAUUCGUUCCAACCUGCUGAAAAACAUUUGUGCCCAAUUUUACUGAGAAUCACCAAUGACCUUAACAUAGAUUUUUAUUGUCACUCUAAAUGAAUUACCCAUUGAUGAUUUUCUUUAAACUCCUUUGAUUAAUCACUUUACUUUCUGACUCUUGUAUCAUAAUGCAGGAAACUGUUAGUGAUAUUCACUCUGAAGUCACUUGCUCAAAAAAGGAGCGGAAAAUGAGACCAGGCCCCAAAUCAUUAAUCAUUCCUCCAGCACUCCCAGAGGUACACCCCACUUUAUCGGGCAGCUUCCAAAGCAACCUGCGAUCCCCAAAAACGUAUCUCUCUGAACACCUUCACAAUGGCCUCUGCUGUUACCCACCGUACACACCACCCCCGAUGCUGAGCCCCGUACGCCAGAGCACUGGGUUAUACUUCAACACUUUGUGUCCUCCUACACCCGCAUCCACUGCCUUGGGCCCAAACAUUGCAGGUGAAUGUGGAAUAAUCAGAAAUGCUGCUGUGAUAUUAUUAUUUGACAGAACACCGUUAUGGGGAGAACAUACCAUAAUCUAAACACCAUUUAGCAAUGUGCGAGACGUGAGCGGAUCUCUAGAAAGAUAAGAUUGGAAUUAAAUGUGUUGAUUCCCUUAGCUGCGACAAACUGCAGCCUGACAUUGCAGUUAUCUGAGUGACGGUUAAGGGGAAGGAAUUUCGGUGUCAAAAACCCUUGAUUUACACAAACCUCUGAAAAAUAGUUUGACAAAAUAUGGAGGGAUAUCAGACAUAAGCUACUACAAUGAGCUAUGGUGGUUAUGGUGCUUAGCCUGCCCCUUUAAGAGAAAAGUUAAAUAUUGUAAAAACAGUAUAGCUUUAGAUUAUUUUAAAAAGAAUACAGUCAGAGUUGAAAUGUCGGAAAUUGAAAAAAAAAAAUGUAAAACACGUAACGUAGACUUGGGGAUUUUUUCCAUCUUGACUAUUUUAGCCUACAGUUUGAGUUGUGCGUUAGUGAAUAUAUAUGUUAAGUUGUCUGUUUACCUCCACUGUCAGUGAUGGGCACUUGUCUGUAAAAUGGUACCAGGUAUGUUUCUCUUUUACACACAGACGGAGCAUCUUGUGAUCUUUGCCACGUGGAAGAUGACACAGUAUUUACUAUCAAGCCGUAAGUUGAACAGAUUUAUGCACAGAAGAUACAGGAAUGAAAAGCUUUGACGCUUAUCAUCCACUCCCCCUACCCACACACAGGCACAUUAACGUUGGCAAUCGGUUCCAGGCAGAGAUUCCGGAGUUACGGCACUUUUCGCUAGCAGCGAGAGAGGAGGAGAAGGCUUCUUUGGUGUGGAGACCCUGCUCUGACCUGGAGACUGGUAGGAAACGGCUUCCAUGGUUUGAUACUGUAUGUAGGAAUUUGCAGGAGUACAAUAUUGGGGAUUUGGAAAAACCUCUCCGCUGUGAAGUGAUUUGUGCUCACACAGGUCUACCCACACAGCUGCGACAAAGUGUAAAAGGGAACUAAGGUGUAAAUACAAUGUAUAUAAACAGCUUAUAUAUCUGUUGUGCUCCUGUUGUACUGAUAGCAGUGAUGGUGAACUAAGACGCCAGACAUACGAUAUUCACCCCCAGAGCAUUUCUCCCCUGCAAAUAUCUGCACUCCAGAGAGAUCCACAGCCCGGCAUGAAGCCCCCUCCAGAAACACUCACACUCCAGAGAGAUCCACAGCCCAGAAUGAUGACCCCUCCAGAAAGAUACACUUUUUAGACUAAACCCAAAUCCAAAACAAUCCACAAUCCUGAGUGACUCCCCCAAAGUGAUUCCCCACGAAAAAAUCCAAUCGCCUGAAUGGCACCCCAGAUAAAUCCAGUCGCCUGAAUGGCACCCCAGAUAAAUCCAGUCGCCUGAAUGGCACCCCAGAUAAAUCCAAUCGCCUGAAUGGCACCCCAGAUAAAUCCAGUCGCCUGAAUGGCACCCCAGAUAAAUCCAAUCGCCUGAAUGGCACCCCAGAUAAAUCCAGUCGCCUGAAUGGCACCCCAGAUAAAUCCAAUCACCUGAAUGGCACCCCAGAUAAAUCCAAUCCCCUGAAUGGCACCCCAGAUAAAUCCAAUCGCCUGAAUGGCACCCCAGAUAAAUCCAAUCCCCUGAAUGGCACCCCAGAUAAAUCCAAUCGCCUGAAUGGCACCCCAGAUAAAUCCAAUCACCUGAAUGGCACCCCAGAUAAAUCCAGUCGCCUGAAUGGCACCCCAGAUAAAUCCAAUCGCCUGAAUGGCACCCCAGAUAAAUCCAAUCGCCUGAAUGGCACCCCAGAUAAAAUCGCCUGA